AUGGCCGCGCAGGACGCGCUCGGGCAGGCGGCGCGGCUGGCCUCCUCCGGCGCCUUGCUGCAGGUGCUGUCCCGGGGCGUCUCCUUCGCGCUGAACGCCUUCGCGCUCCGCCACCUCUCCAGGGAGCUCCUGGGCGUCGCCGGCGUGAGGCUGACGCUGCUUUAUUCGACAGUUCUCUUCCUAGCCAGGGAGGCGUUUCGCAGAGCGUGUCUGAGCGGAGGCGCAAAGCGCAACUGGGCUAAAACGAUUAAUCUGCUGUGGCUAACAGUUCCUCUUGGUAUUUUUUGGUCUAUUUUCUUGGGUGCAGUCUGGCUACAGCUGCUUGAAGUACCUGAUCCCAUUGUGGUUCCUCAUUAUCAAGCUGGUGUAGUGGCAUUUGGUCUUUCUGCAGUUAUAGAGCUUCUGGGAGAACCUUUCUGGGUUUUGGCACAAGCUCAUUUGCUCGUAAGACUUAAGGUAGUUGCUGAAAGCUUUUCAGUAUUGUCAAAAUGCGUUUUAACGGUUAUUCUAGUAAUUCUUUGUCCUCAGUGGGGCCUUUACAUUUUUUGCUUGGCGCAGCUUUUAUAUACCAGUGUUCUGGUAAUGUGCUAUGUAAUUUAUUUUAUGAUAUUUCUGGGAUCUCCUGAAGCAACAAAGAAAUCAUUUCCAGUUGCUAGAAUGAAAGCUCUUUUACCUAACUUGGUAGAAGAUGAGACUUUUGUUAACUGGAAAGAGGCACGAUUGACUUGGAGCUUCUUCAAACAGUCUUUCUUGAAACAGAUUUUGACAGAAGGUGAACGAUACGUGAUGACUUUUUUGAAUGUGUUAAAUUUUGGAGAUCAGGGUGUCUACGAUAUCAUAAAUAAUCUUGGUUCAUUGGUGGCCAGGUUUAUAUUUUUGCCUAUUGAAGAGAGUUUUUAUGUCUUUUUUGCUAAAGUAUUGGAAAGAGGGAAGGAUGUAAAGCACCAGAAACAGGAUAAUGUUGCUAUGGCUGCAAGUGUGUUAGAAUUGCUGUUGAAACUUGUCCUUCUGAUUGGCCUUACCAUCACGGUUUUUGGCUAUGCCUAUUCUCAGCUGGCUCUGGAUGUUUAUGGAGGCUCAGUGCUCAGUUCUGGAACAGGUCCAAGUCUUCUCCGGUGUUAUUCUUUAUAUGUCUUAUUUCUUGCCGUCAAUGGAGUAACGGAAUGUUUUACGUUUGCUUUGAUGUGCAAAGAGGAGGUAGACAAGUACAAUUUUGUUAUGCUGGCCUUGUCAUUCACAUUCUUGUGCAUCUCUUAUUUUCUGACCCAUUGGCAUGGCAGUGUAGGCUUUAUCCUUGCCAACUGCUUUAAUAUGGGUAUUCGAAUAGCUCACAGCAUCCACUAUAUCUAUGAUUUCUUCAAAGAAAGCACUUACAGACCUUUGACAGGCUUGCUGCCUUCACCACUUCUAGUGCUUGUUUAUAUCGUAAGUGGAGCAAUUACUGUUUUCUCAGAGGUAUUCUUCUGCUGCGAUAAGGGUUGGAUGGCAAGGCUGAUUCAUAUCGGCGUGGGAGCUCUGUGCUUCGCAGCAACCAUCGUUACUGUUUGCUGCACAGAGACCAAGCUCAUCCACUUUGUCAGAAGUCAGUUCCUCUCACGGUACAUGAAGAAAGGAACCUAAGAUGCUCAUGUGAAGAACAGUUCUUGUAUAUGCUUGCAGUGAAGGGCUAUAUUUUUCCGCAUAAAGUAUGUUCAGAAAAAGUUUGCAUGUGAACUUCUUAAAAACAUCAGAACUGGAAUGGAAAUUUUUGCCAGCUGAAUACUAUUUCCUCUUCUAAACCAAUCAGUGCAGUGAAAGAGGGAUGAGUAAUUUCUUUGUGUCAUUCUUUUCUAAGCUUUUCUGCAGGCAGCCUCAAUGUACUCUUUGAUGAAUGGUCAAUAUCUUUCUGAUGUCACCCAGCUGACAAACUUCAUGUGAGGAACUCCCAUUCUUACCAGUUAGACACAUGUGGAUGAAGGCGUUGUGUGCCUUACAAUUUUAAUUAAGAUGUAAUUAAGAAUACUCUUACAAAGUUGGGAUAACUGGCUGGAGAAGAAAUUGUCUGACAUGAAAAGUGCUGAAGAAGAUAGCACUAGAGCAAGGAGCAAUAACAGUAUAACUGUUAUUGAACUAGAACAUAGUUGAGUGCAGAGAAAUUGAAUUAUCAGUGUAUUGAAGUGUAAAGCAGUGAACAGAAAGCUUCUGACAUCUACAAGUAAGUUAAUAGAACACAUUAUACGUCUAUGCUAACUGUGUAAGAUUUUAUUUCACACUGCAUACCCUUCAUUUAUGAAGGUAUUGAUCGUCAGAAAUAUCAUGCAAUCCCAACUAAAUAAUAAAUGUAAUGGGGUUUGGAGCUGAAUUUUACAAAAGGCACUGGUAAGUACAGUCACAGUGAAGCUCAAGUCCUAGAAGGUUGAAUUAACCAACAAUAUUCUUUCUACUCUUUUUUUGUUCUUUAACAUGAACAAUUUCCUUCUCAAAGCAACUUUUGCUUGUCUACCAGAUCAAAUACUUAAUAGGGUUAGUGAGAGAUUUCUUUCUAGCAUUUGUGCAUACGAAUGCUGAGACUUCUGUUACUAGACAGAAAAAGCUUCUUUUUAGUUCAGCUAGAUUCUUCUCUUGUCUUUUACCUGUAUUUGUUCAGUCUUAAACUUUGUAUUUUUUUUGAUUAUCAGAAAACUUGGACGUACAAAGGCUAUAAAAUGAGGUAUUGGGCUGCUGUGUUCUAUGUUUUACAAAAGGUAUAUUCUAAUGCCUAUCUAAGAUCUGAAUCUGGCAGUUUUGGACUAUACAAGUAGGUUUUAAAAAAAUCAGCGUUCCAUUUGUGAUGUUUAUAUGAACCAAAAUGUCAGGUAAUGGAGAAUGUGUGCUCAAAUGUGUGCAGUCUAUAAAGAUUUUAGUUUGAUUACAUAGCUGUCCAAGAACUAUGAAGUUGCUUAUGGAACACUGAACUGUAAUGACAUGGAGGAAUUCACCUUAGUAACCAUUGCUGCUGAGAGAAAUACUUUCUAGUAUUACUAUAUUCCGUUUGGCACUGUUAGAAAUAUAAAUAUUUUCUGCACUCUAGUACUUAAGGGAUAUUGCCAGAGAUGUUUUAUAUGAAAAUUUGAUGACAGAGAGAUUAGCAUAGGGAAGCUAAAACAUAAAGGCGAGAGGAGAAGGAAGAUGUCCUCCUUCAAGUUUCAGUGUUGUUUCUUUUGCCUUACUGGAAGAUAGUAGAUGGAGGUUAGUUAGUUCUUCUGAAACUGUUAUGAAAUCUGCCUAAAUAAAAUAAACUGGACAGCAUUCUCACCUGUUAUGUGAAUUUGAUUUUUUUUUGGCCUUUUUUUUUUGCUUCUGAAUUGUCUUGCAUUUUUUUGUUGCUUCUGUCAGGUGUGGAGUUUGUUGUGAAGUACAAUUCUAUAGAUUGCAGAGGGUUUAAAAACUUGUAUAAUAAUUUUUUAUAUAAAUAUUUAUUAUAAAUUAUCACUGUAUAGAGUUGCUUUACCUUUACCUCUUAGGUCAUAGUUUGAAAGCACAGAAGAUUUGCAUGUAAGCAUUAUUUUCAAUCCCUUUUUUUCUUUUUCCACAUGACUUGAGGACCGACCUUAUGGGAACAUCUCAAUCUGUAAAUUAUAUCUGUUUUCUGGGGUGAGAGAUUUUUGUGUAGCCGAUCAGUUAAUGCGCUCUGAAGUUUUAAUAUAAGAUGGUCUUGAGUUCAUGCUAUCUUGCUGAGUCUCAGAUACUGGUUAUACAGUGGUACUACUUCUACUGCUAGUGUUGUCAUGAACAAGACAGCGGUGGGAUCUUGUUCAAAUAGUGGGCUGUCUAGCCUCAUAAAUCUUGUUUAAAAUAAAUGCUGUAUAUGCACUUAAAGGGAAAUUAUUUUAUAGUAUAUAGGAAGUAUAUAGUAGUAUGACUUCAUACUGGAAAGGCUUACAAACUUCCCUUGCUUCUCAACAAGUGGAAAUGGAAUUUCUUAUUAAUUAGGAAGAGAUCUAAGAGGGCUUAUUUGCUUAUUUGCAAAUUUAGGGAUACAUAAAUCAGGGAUACGUUACUCUCUUGAACUGGAUCUAUUAAUAUGUUCAGGUGUUUUGGUUUUUGGGUUUUUUUGAAUGUAUUUUAUGUAGCAGGAAACUGCAAGAGGGAGGAGCAGGAAAUGUAGCUCUAUGAAGCUGUCCCCUGGUUUCUUAUUUAUCUGAGUGAUCCUUAAUGUGAAAGCUGUUAAUUGCCUUAUUUGUAACAAGCAAAUGCUGUGAAACUCGGGGAGAAAGUUGGAAUUAAACUUGACCAGAUUUCC